AUGGCUGCAUACCCCUCAGUUGAUAGAUUAUAUUUUAAAGAAAGAAGAUGCUGUGAGGUGGGCCAAACAGCAUGGUUUGAUAGCGGCCACGAUGACAUGCCGCUGUCUUGCAGACAUGAGAUGGUUACUUGUGGAGGUGUAGAAACUCCAGGUGCCGCGCUACAAAAACAAUUAGGCAUGAAAGUUUCUACAGCCAUAGCCAAUCAUCCCUUACAAAUUGUAUUUUGGACACACUGGGUUUUUGGAGGCAUCGAUACGCAAACAAAAGAUGCCUUUCUGGUGGAAGUAAAUAAACAAGAUGCUGCCACGUUGUUGCAAUUGAUACAGGGACAUGUUCUGCCCGGUACAACAGUUUGGACGGAUCAAUGGGCUGCUUAUCACAGUAUAACAGCCGUACCUGGUUUAGCCCACAAAACUGUAUAUCACUCCAUUACAUUCCGGGCCGUAAACGGAGUGCAUACAAAUGGAGUGGAGAAUUUGUGGCGAUGCGCCAAACAAAAAUUUCAAGAGAAUGAAUGGAAGCGUGGUUUCAUACUUAUUUACCAAAAUAUUUAUAGCGAUGUUCAGAAAUAA